AUGGCUGAAACAGCCCAACAGCUGGAGAAUUUGGCAACUGUUAUUGCCAUCGGUACACCAACAACGAUGGCGGAGACCGGUUUAUCGCAAAGUCUUCCAACCAGAUCUAAUGUGCCGGAAAACUCCAAUAAUGGCCGAAAACCAAGAGAGCAUAGGGAGAGUGAAACAUCCGUGCAAUCGUUACCUCCUCCAGCCAUACCUCACAAUUAUCAGCGUCCUCCGCUUAAUCGCGGACAGAGUCAGAUUCAAACGGCUCUCAACGGUUCAGCAAAUUUUGUUGGGUGGAACGAUACGGAUGGGGAUAUCCGACGAAAUUGGGGAUCAAAGCGCUUACGAUUCUUGGCGAAGAAGUAUAACCUCAACCAGCAUCGAGCACUUUCAGAAGCCCGAUCAAUCGAUCCAGGUUUAUACAAUGAUGUAGUGGACCAUCCUGGGUUCCCUCCUCACGACAUAAAUCAAUCCCAUGCUCAAUCAGAGAAUUUUUACUACCCUCCCCACCCCGGAGUAGGCACAACUAAUUCUGACGCCAAUACUCCUGGUUCUAUAGCAAGAAGCAUCAGCCAAGCUAGUGAAUCGUACACCCGCCCAAGAAAUGAACGUCGGGAGUCUGUGGCACGCGUAGCAUAUGGAUCGGCUGCUAAUGUCGCAAAACGAGGUCUGGCUAGUACGCCUCGUCUACACCGCGUAAGGUUGUCGUCACGGCAAUCUUUUGACAUGGAUUUCUCUGAUUUUGAGCGUGCUGGGUCACCUUCAUCAGUAGAAAGUGGUCAGACGCCGGAAACUCCAGCUUUUGGGGUUGCACGUGAUGUAUCUAACAGUGCCCGGUUAGCUGGAGAGGAUCUUACUCGCAGAACUGGGUCUCCGAUCGCCGAAGAGUCCUCUACUGACUUAUCAUUCUUCGAACAGGACUCGACCGUUGGUGUAAAGCAAAAAUCAGUGCCAAGAGUUAGUCCGUCUCAUAUAGAAGAUUUCGAAAUGCUUGAUAUUGGGCAGCCAUAUCCACAUAUAACUGGUUCUGAGAAAGAGUCUUCUAGUACUUCUGAUGGCGAUAAACUUCCACAGACCACGACUGUGAAGCCAAAAUUAUUAUCACAAGAACGUAUAGAUGAAGAUGAUCUCUUCUUUGCAUUUUCUACGGAUGACGACCAAUUGCGGAGUAGAUCAACAAAGGGUGAAGGAGAGGGUAGACCAGUGGCCACCGUAAUGUCGCUACCAAAGUUGCCGUCGUUAUUUAUGGACACAGGUUCCCGUAUAUAUCGAGGUGGAAUUUCAGCGAUGGAUAUUGGUGAUGGUCGUCUCCACAUUCCCAUUGGGAAAGUCGCUCUUGGACCGGUUCCCGAAGAAGAUCGUCCUGAGGUAAAUCAACCGGAUCGUCCGCUGCUAGAAGCAGUAAAACCAUUUACACGAACUAUACCCCGAUAUCCAUUGCUGAAGCAAGCAUCAGUUGUUGAAAUGACGAAAAAAGGUGUCGUUGAGGGAGUUCUGUUGAAUCUCGGUCAUCAGAGUGGGAAAUUAUUCAUACCACGAUAUCGACGAUACAGAGGUAUCGGUGCGCUAAGCACAUUUUAUGACGGGAGUCUUCAUACGGAGAAGAUUGAUGCUCUUAAUCCAGAGCUGAGAGACGUAAUUGAAAAGGGAUCGGAUGAGAGGCCGUUAUUCACAUGGUGGGUGACGUCAGUUCAAGUGCUGAUUUGUAUCGUAUCGUUGUUAUCCUACGGUCUUGGACCAGCAGGAUGGGAACGCGUGGAGAUGAAAGAGGAAGUUAUUGAUGUUUCUCUUGCAUUGCGCCAAGUCAGCUACUUUGAGCCUGUGAAUCUGUGGAUUGGACCGAGAUUUGCUGAUCUGAUACGGCUCGGAGCCAAAUAUUCGCCCUGCAUGCGGCGAGAGCCUGGUCUGUGGAAAUUGAUUAAUGAAGAGAGGGUCAAAGAGAAUGCUACGGGAUGCUGUGUGUUUAAUGAUCGAACAGGGUGCUAUCAGACAGGACAGUCAAGUUGUCCACGUACCUUAGCUACUUGGCAUAAAUGGUCAUAUCCCAAACAGCCUACCCUGAAAAAGUCGAUGUCCGAAUCAUCGUUGCAAAACUUGGAGAAGAAUUCCACUAGAUUGACUGUGUCUCGUAGGAGAGGAUCAUUGACAUCGGCGAUUAGCAGCCAUUCUUGGAGAACAGCAGGAGCGGUGUGCGGUCAAGACCCUGAUUUUUGCAUCCGUCCCUCAUCUGUUAGACCGUACGAGUGGCCUGAUGACCUGACACGAUGGCCGAUUUGCGAACAACAUCGUCAGGGUGGCUUUUUGCCUCCACAUAUGACAUGCCAGGUAACUGGCCGUCCUUGCUGUAUACAAAUGCAAGGACAAUGUCGCAUUGCCACACGCGAGUAUUGCACUUUUGUGAAGGGACAUUUCCAUGAAAAUGCCACUUUGUGUAGUCAGGUGAACUGCUUCUCUGAUAUAUGUGGCAUGCUACCAUUCUUGUGGCGUGAUCGGCCGGAUCAGUUCUAUCGCAUGUUCUUUUCUUUGUUUUUGCACGCUGGUAUUAUCCAUCUUGCCUUUACGGUAUGGGUCCAAAUGUGGCUCAUGCUUGAUCUGGAGAUGUUGAUUGGUUGGAAACGUAUGGCUAUGUUGUACAUAGGAUCUGGUGUCGGAGGGAAUUUUGCUAGCGCAAUUUUCGUCCCAUACAGCCCAGAAGUUGGUCCAUCAGGAAGCCAUCUUGGAAUAAUGGCAGCACUUGUCAUCGACCUAUACCAUCACAGAAGCAUCAUCGUUAGACCACGAAGGGAGUUAUUAAAGCAUAUGUGUACCGUUCUUGUUCUGUUUCUAACCGGCCUUCUACCAUGGGUCGACAAUUGGGCUCAUCUGUUUGGAUUUAUCUUCGGACUAUUGAUCACUAUAGUUACCUUCCCGUAUUUGGACUUUGAAUCGCACGAGAAACCAAGACAUGGGUGUCGUACUUCAUUAUCCAGAAGAAACCUUGCCAUAGUUAUGUCGCUGGUGAUGUGUGUGUUUCUGUACAUUCUGCUAGGUUAUGCCUAUUUCAACAGCAUAGAAGUCAACUGUCCAUGGUGUCGAUACUUUAAUUGCAUCAAUAUUGAAUUUAUCACUGGAUCUAAUCAUUUCUGUGACAAUACAGGACAGAAGCUUUCUCAGUGGUUGCCGAUUUGA